CCACCUAGUGUUUCGACCACUGUUGAUGUUGCUUAGUGCAUUGGAGUUCAAGGAGAUCCUCGUGUGUCGUGUGUGGGUGUGUAGUAGUACUGUCAGAGUGUCAGUGAUAUCUUUGAUGUAGGAUUUUGGUCGAGUUGAGGGGGCCUUAGUGUGGUGGGUUGCUGUCUGGCUUCUUUUAGUUUCUUGACAAAAGUAAAAUUUGGAAGAGAGUCAAGGAUUGAUUACCUGGAAAGGAUUCGGUCAUCAUUCCUGGUGGAGCUUAAGAAUGUGGUGAGAUCAGUGCGGGUGGGAUGAACUGGAAGAAUUCAUCAGGUGGUAUUGUGAUAGGUGGUACUGACUGAUAAGAGAAUGUGGCAUUUUUCUUUUCUGUGGAGAACAAUCUUGACGUGAAUGCCACAAAUGAAGCAUGUAAUCCAGAAUGAGGCUACCUUAUGCAGAAAGUUAAUUUAAGAAAUCUGACAUGGUUCAUAAAGUAUGAGAUCCAUGCUUUCACUUUCCAUAGUAAGCAUGGGCUCAUUUUGCAGUCGACAACAGCCAUUGAAUGAGGUUGAUGCUGAAGAAAACAUACAGGCUGCUGAAAUUGAUAGGAGGAUUGCUCAAGAAACCAAAGCGGAACAACAUAUUCAUAAGCUACUACUUCUUGGCGCUGGAGAAUCAGGAAAAUCUACUAUUUUUAAGCAGAUAAGGCUUCUUUUUCAAACUGGUUUUGAUGAGGUGGAGCUAAAAAGCUAUGCGUCAGUUAUCCAUGCAAAUGUUUAUCAGACAAUUAAAAUAUUGUAUGAUGGGGCAAAAGAAUUGGCACAAAAUGAUCCUAGUUCUUCGAAGUACGUUGUCUGCACUGAAAAUAAGGAUAUUGGUGAAAAAUUAUCAGAAAUUGGAAGCAAAAUGGAUUAUCCUUAUCUUACUAAAGAGAUUGCCAAAGAGAUCACAACUUUGUGGAAUGACCCUGCUAUUCAGGAAACUUAUUCUCAUGGGAACAAAUUGCAAGUCCCAGAUUGUGCUCAGUAUUUUAUGGAAAAUCUUGAACGAUUUUCUGAAGCAACUUAUGUUCCAACUAAGGAGGAUGUGCUUCAUGCCAGAGUUCGAACUACUGGUGUUGUGGAGAUUCAGUUCAGUCCUGUAGGUGAGAGCAGAAAAAGUGGUGAAGUUUACAGGUUAUAUGACGUUGGGGGCCAGAGAAAUGAAAGAAGAAAAUGGAUCCAUCUAUUUGAAGGUGUUACAUCUGUGAUUUUUUGUGCUGCGAUUAGCGAAUACGAUCAGCUGCUCUUUGAGGAUGAGACGAAAAAUCGGAUGAUGGAGACUAAGGAACUGUUCGAGUGGGUGCUGAAGCAAUCCUGCUUUGAGAAAUCUUCAUUCAUGCUGUUCCUGAAUAAAUUUGACAUCUUUGAAAAGAAGAUUCAAAAAGUUCCUUUGAAUGUAUGUGAGUGGUUCAAGGACUAUCAGCCUGUGGGAUCUGGGAGACAAGAGGUGGAACAUGCAUAUGAGUUUGUGAAAAAGAAAUACGAGGAACUUUAUUUCCAAAACAGCAAACCAGAUCGCGUCGACCGAGCCUUCAAAAUUUACCGGACAACAGUCUUGGAUCAGAAACUUAUAAAGAAAACUUUCAAGCUCGUCGAUGAGACCCUGAGGAGGAGGAAUCUCAUCGAGGCCGGUUUGCUAUGAAGGAAAAUUUAUUAGUAUAUAUACAUAUAUAUUGGGAAUAUUUCAUUUUUUUAUAAUCCAUUUUGGUUACGUUGGCAGAGGGUAAACUCCCAUUUUCUUGUUUUGGUUAGAAGUUUGAUGAGUUUGGCCAUGGCUUAUCAGUUUGGUUACACGUUCAUCGUUUUCUUUUUCUUUAACACUUGUGACCUUAUAAUAUUACGUUAAAAUUGUAUGGCUCCUCGUAGAUAAAUUGUCAAAUUGUACCUUUUGUUUGAGUAAA